AUGAAUUUCCUUACCGAAGCCUUAAAGCCCAUUCAUGUGGUUGUUUGGGGCGGACCAGCCCUGGAACAUUACGGAGUGCAGGCUUUCAUCUACGGCUACAUUUUCAUUGUCAAUGAAUGCGACCGUGACCUCGCCGCAGCAAAGCUGCUGGAUGCCGGAUGCAUUCGUGCAGACUGGUCAUGGGGCUCCACUGGCCCGGCCACGCUGCAGACAUUGGAUGAUAACGCACAACGUAUUCACAAAAAGUCGAUCCCGGAAUAUGAAGAUAUUGACAAUAAUUCCAUUUGCUUUGUAUUUCCUCCAGAGCGUGUUAGUAUCAUGAACGAGCCGAUUGCCCUCGUCCUUCCUUCCUUCGUGGGACUUGGGCCACCACGGACAGCGGUCUUGGGAAGCAGAGAACCAGCUCAAAGUGAGACACAGAACGACGAGAACUCAACACGACUUCACAAGUCCCCACAAGCAGAGGCAUUAGUUCAAAGAGAAGACAUACUUCAAGAGUACACCGCUCAAGAAGUCACGUCUUUAGCAGCCACGCCUCAAAUGGACAUACCCCAGGAAGGCAAACACCAAGAAGACAAACUCCAAGAAGACAAGCCUGAGGAAGCCGCAACACUUUUAGAAUCUCAGACGCUUCCAGAGCAGGAACCAUAUCCGGAACCAGAGAGUUUACAGCCAAUAAAGAGCCAGCAGAACUCGGAACUCUUGCAAGAUGUAAAGCAUAUACCAGACAUAGGAAAGCUGCAAGGCGGGGACAUAAUUCUAGAGAAUACAGCAGAUGAUUCCAAGUUCACAUGCGUCGAUGGUUUCCUCUAUUAUCCGCGUCUUCCAAUCCUGCUCGAAACCAUAAUUCGUGCUCGACUGCGCGUUCCUGAAGAGAAAGUAAGCUAUUGGGCAACCAUGCUGGAAGUCUGGGCCAUUCCCUAUCUUUGGGCACAAGCUAUGGCACCAUACGACAUUCUCGACGAAAUUGAAGAUAAAGAGGUCAAAACAUGGUUCAACAAGGCAACUAAACGGUUCGAAGGUGGCAUUGACCGUGUCACUAAUACCAAGAGGAAGGGAAGGGUGCCAUCCACCAGGCCCCCAGUUGAUUUGGACGCUUUGUUCGAUUAG